AUGACUAAAUCAAGCACAUUCGAUGCAUCUGCUCUUCCCGAUCUUACAGGUCGUGUCGUCUUGAUCACAGGCGGACAUUCAGGCCUGGGUCUAGCAACCACAACGGCACUCGCGUCCAAAAAUGCAAAAGUCUACAUCGCAACCCGCUCAAUCACAAAAGCAGAAGCAGCUAUCCAAGAAAUCAAGAACAAUAACCCCAACGCCCAAGUCGAGAUCGUGGAACUAGACCUAGGAGAUCUAAGAAGUGUGAAGAAAGGUGCUGAAGAUUUCCUCCAAAGAGAAACCAGCCUCCACAUCCUAAUAAACAACGCCGGCAUAAUGUGUCCCCCAUUCUCCCUCACGCCCCAAGGUCACGAAACACAACUCCAAACUAACCACCUAGCACACCACCUCCUAACCACCCUCCUACUCCCCCUCCUUUUUAAAACAGCCUCCACAUCCCCUCCUCGCACCGUACGAGUACUAAACGUCUCCUCCGACGCACACAGAAAACUCGCUCCCAAAACCGGGAUCUCGUUCUCAGAUAUGAACCUCACAGACAAAAGCCCAUGGACCCGGUACGGCCACUCGAAACUAUGCAACGUCCUGCACUCCCUUUCACUUGCGGAGAAAUACGGAAACCAAAACCUCCUAUCCCUCUCCCUCCAUCCCGGCACCGUAAAAACGAACCUAAGCCACGGACCCAGGACCUCAACACCUUUAUACGCGCUCAUCCAACCACUCAUCGAAUGGGGUGCUCCUGGCCCGACAGAAGGGUGCGCUAACAUCCUGUGGUGCGCGACGAGCGAUUCCGUUCGCGACGACGACAAUGGGAUGUAUUUCGAGCCCGUGGGCAAGAGGGGCGGGGUGGGGAGGCAUGGGAGGGAUGCAGUGAUGGCGGGGCGGUUGUGGGAGUGGAGUCAGGGGGUUUUAGAACGGGGUGGGUUUCUUUGA